UACUUCUGUCAAUAAUUUACAUCAAGUAAAGAAUACGAGCACUGUUACUUAGUAUCGGAAAUAGUUUUAAAUCACAUAUAGCUAAACGUAACUCUUUAACAAACUCCCGUCCUCUCUGAUGUGAGUGGCUUUAAAACCCAGUGUAAGGUUUUUGUUGUCCAUCAUAUUGAACAGUCGCUAAAGCUAGCUAAGGGAUACUCCUUCAGCCGUGCCUUCAGCGGUGUGUUUGUAAGAAUUAAACGCAUGAUGAAAUGACUUGUAAAAUCACUGGAUGCAUCUCUUUCCAUUGCUGUGUUUAGUGUUUUAUGUCAAUGUGAUGAGUUUAGCAUGAUUUGGUCUCUGCAUUAGUCCAGUGUAAGCGGGUUUCUUACUUGCACUGUUCCCUUUAACCAACACAGUAGCAUCUAAACAGUCAUGUCUAAACUGUCAUCGGGGGCAAAAAUGUGGAGAUCUCUGCAAUGUCCGAGGUCAGAUCUGCGUCUAGAUCUUACCCUGGCAUGUGGACAGUCUUUCCGUUGGAGAGAAACUGCAGAAGGUCACUGGACAGGAGUGAUGGGAGGACAAGUGUGGACUUUGACCCAGACAGACAACACUCUGUGGUACUAUGUGUAUAAAAACCAGGAGAAGCAGAAGGAAUGGACUCAUAGGAAGAGGAUAGCAGAUGUUUCUCUUCAAGAGGGAACCAUCUCAGAGAAAAAAUUAAAAGGUGCUCUGGAGAGUGAUGAGAUUGCAGCUGUGGCUCAAAAACAUGACUUUGAAGAGGAUGAGAAGAUGCUGAGAGAUUACUUUCAGUUGAAUGUCAAGCUUUCAGAUUUGUACAGGCAAUGGGGAGCAGCAGACCCCCACUUCAAGCAAAUUGCAGGCGUAUUUUCCGGUAUACGAAUGCUGCGCCAAGACCCGACUGAAUGCCUGUUUUCCUUCAUUUGUACCUCAAACAACCAUAUUUCUCGUAUCCAGGGCAUGGUGGAGAGGCUGUGUCAGGCUUUGGGUGCCCCGCUGUGCCAACUGGAUGAAACCUCUUACCAUGACUUUCCUUCCCUGUCUGCUCUGGCAGAUAGCAGUGUGGAAGCACGUCUCAGGGAUCUUGGUUUUGGCUACAGGGCUAAGUUUUUGCAGCAGAGUGCAAAGCAGAUUCUUGACAACCAUGGAGCCCAGUGGCUUGAGGGUCUUCGGAGAGUGCCAUACCCAGAGGCCCGUGAUGCUCUGCGUACUCUCCCUGGUGUGGGCACUAAGGUGGCAGACUGUGUAUGUCUGAUGUCCCUGGAUAAAACGGAGGCUGUGCCCAUUGACACACAUGUAUGGCAGAUUGCUAAGCGUGACUACAGAUAUGCUGCUGGUAAUGGACAGAAAACGAUCACAGACAAACUUCACAGAGAUAUUGGGGACUUUUUCAGGAAAAUGUGGGGACCUUACGCUGGUUGGGCACAGUCCGUGUUGUUCUGUGCUGACCUUAAGAAAUUUCAAAAUCUGAAGCAAGCUCCGGAUCUGAAGCAGCCGAAGAAAGAGGAAUAUGAUGAAGGAGAGGAUGCAGCAGAAUGCAAGAAGGCAAAAAUUAAGACAGAGGGAAAUGGAACUGUAAAGAACAGGAAAACCAAGUCUGCAAGUCACAAGAAAGCAAAAGUGUCUGUCAAGAAGGAAGAUGUGGUAUGAAAAAAAUCAAAUUUCCUGUGUGGGUUAACAGAUAAAUCGAUUAGAAAUUUACAGCACAUAUUUCUAGAUAUAUUGUGUUCAGGGAAAAAAAUAUGAAAUACACAUAUUUGUUUACAGUUACCAAGAAGAAACAAAACGUGUACUUUUACAAAUGUUUAUAUAACAUUUUGAUACUGACCAUUGUGCAGUUGUUUUCACUCAUACUGUUCUGUGUGUAUUUUCUAAUGAAUUCACAUGUUUAUUAUACCGUGUAAUCACAAUAAAAGAAAUGUAUUUUUUUAAAUUCUGUUAUAACCCCUAGGGGGCAGUAUGCACUGAAAGAUUUUAUACAAGAUCCUCACACAUGGUAAUGUGUUUGUUCCAGCAUGCUUUAUUUUAAUAUUUGAGAAAAAAAAAUUGCACAAAAUCACUUUUUUAAGCCCCUCUGGUGUCUGUUUCACCACGUACCAACACGUCAUGGGAAUUGUAUACAUAUCUAAAAAUGUCAGAGGACACUAAAAAGGGGUGUUGUGUUUUUCAGUGCAUUCCUUUAUCAAAAUAGUAUUUCUGUCUGUUGGGUCAUAAAAAGCAGGAUGGUCAUGAAAUGCCAUGGUGUCUGUAUGUACAUCUAUAGGGUUUAGUUGACUGUGUCAGCUGGUCUUUUUAUAGCUAGGAUUGAAGUUAUCUGCUGCUGCUGCUUGAGGCUUGUGUGACUGUAGUGACAACAUGGGAAUGUCUUGGACUUUAGGACUCAUUACUGUCCAAUUAUGGAAAUGACUUAAUAAUACUGUAAUUUGCUUGGAAUAUUCAUAAGGACAACAAAUAACAAGUGUGCAUUCUUAAUCCUCAUUCUAGUUCUGAUUUGAGUACUUUCAGAGAUUUAUUUAACAUCCAGUUGCACGCACUCUUAUCAGUGAGCAGGUGCACCAUGCAUGCAGUGGCUGCAUCUGUUUGUGUGUCUGUAUAUUCAUGUCAUCCACAGAGGAUGUUUAUUUGUGGAACUGUGUGCAGCCAUGUGUGUUAAUGAAUAUGUGAGUCAGCUUUCAUGCCCUCUCCAGUUGAGCUGGACAGAAGCUGGGGCCCAGCUUUAGGGCAUAGUCAGAAUGAGGCAGAAAGACUGAGUAAAAAUAGAAAAAGAGAGAGCAAGAAUAAGCAGAGCAAGAAAGC